AUGCCUCAUCAAAAGUUGCAUAUCAGUUAUAAUCAAAUUCAUGAAGCUAUUCGUCAAUCUGUCGAACGUUUCCACAUCAAUGAAGAAUUCAAACCCGAUCUCAUGAUUGCUAUCGGUGGUGGUGGUUUUAUCCCUGCCCGAAUCUUACGUACAUUUUUGAAGAAGACUGAGAAGGGCAAGAACAUUCCUAUUCAAGCCAUUGGUCUCUCUCUUUACGAAGAUAUUAUCACCUCCACCGGUGAAGACGAAAACGGUGCUGUUGAGAAGCCUGGCACUACUGUUCAAAAGACACAAUGGCUCAACUUUGGUGCCUCUCACUCUGAAAUCUCUUUAUUAGGACGUCGUAUUUUGAUUGUCGAUGAAGUUGAUGAUACCCGUACCACUUUAGCCUAUGCUGUUGAAGAAUUGCGAAAGGAUAUUGAAGCUGAAGAGAUCAGAAGAGGAAUGAAGCCCGGCGAAUCCAACACUGUUUUGGGUAUUUACGUUUUGCAUAACAAGUUAAAGGAAAAGAAGCGUGACUUACCUGAAGAAAUCAAGAAGAAUUAUUUCGCUGCUGUGGAAAUGCCCGAUCAAUGGUUGGUUUAUCCUUGGGAUGCUAUUGAUAUCGAAACUCACACUGAGCAUGCCAACAAGCAUAAUUAA